AUGUUGGCUCAAAGUCUCAACACCAGUCUGGCACAAUUUUACUUCUCCCUAAAAGCACUCGACGUGAAGUCACUGGCAAUUGGUAUUCUAGUACUCUGGAUUUCGUGGCGUAUGUGGGCCUUCACUGUCAUACCCAAGCUACGGCCUCAUAACCCUCUGGUACUGCCAUAUGCACUUCCCGUCAUUGGUCAUACUCUGUCGUGGCUUUGGAAUCGUGUGCAACUCUUAGAAGACGGCAACAAGUACUUCCCUGGGCAUUUUCCGUUCGCGCUGCUCAUCAGCGGAAAGAAAGUCAUCGUAAUCAGAUCUCCUAACGACAUUAAAACCAUAUGGAACGACCCAAAAUCUUUCACCUUCGACGAGUACAUGAUAGGCAUCGUCAAAGGACUUGGGAUCUCACCUUCGCAUUAUAGCCUAGCAUUUGAAGAGAAUCCCGCCAAGCUAUGGAAGGGCAGUGAUAGCGAUGCUCCGCACUUUGUCAAGGAGAAUCCUGCCAAACGGCGAUUGGUCAGUCUACAGGAAAACUGGAUGAAGGAAGCCUUGCAGCCUGGACCGAAAAUGGAAGCUGCUUCUGAGCUCUUUAGAGAGAAUAUUAAGGGGCUUGUGCCUAUAUUUCUCGCCCAUCCACGAGUCGCUGCCACAGGAUCCAAGAACUUGGGCGAAUUGAUCAGCCUCUUCAAAAGGGGAAGAUACGUGCUCGCAGGCGCAGGAACGAAGGCUUUCUUAGGCCCGAAGAUUUUUGAUAUCGAUCCGGAUUUCGUACAGCACUAUCUCGACUGGGAAGAUCUCAGCUGGAAAAUACCUUAUGGUCACCCGAAGAUCUUGUCGAAAGACAUGUUGGAGGCUGAGGAAGUCUUGGUACAAGUCUUGAUGAAGUACUUCGCUUUCGAUCCGAUACACCGUCCAAACCUCAAUUGGCUUUUCGAUACUAUGCAAUCCAAUCAACGGAAGAUAGGUUUAACAGCUCACGAUGCUGGAGCAGCUGCUAUUGUUAUGCUGUGGGGUAUCCACCUCAACCCGCCACGGCUACUGUUCUGGGCACUGGCGCAUAUCCUCUGCUCGCCAGUAUUAACUCAAAAGAUACGUGAGGAAACAAACCUGGCUUUUGAUCCAACCACAAAAAGUUUCUCCAUUAGCCACCUCAUGAACAACUGUCCGGCUCUCACAGCGACGUGGCACGAAGCCCUCAGGCUUUACACGAGCUCCUCGGUCGUCCGCACUUGCGAGUCACCUGCUGUAAUUGGAGACAAGACAAUCAACAUAGGUGACCGUUUGAUAGGUCCAUUUUCAUUCGUACACCUCUCGCCACUCAUUUGGGGUGACGAUGCGCAGGAUUUUGAUGAACAGCGAUGGCUGAAGGAGGGUUUCAAAACCCCUAAGGGAUUCUAUCCAUUUGGUGGUGGGCAUAUGCACUGUCCCGGGCGAUUUAUUGCCAAGCAAGUUGUAGUUCUCUUCAUUGCGACGGUGUUGAGAGACUAUAGCAUUGAACCUGUCAGUGAGAAGUUCGAGUCGGGAUCAGAAGCAGAAAUGCGGUGGAAGGUACCUGAGGAACCUAAGGAGCAUGCUGGUGCUGCAGGGAUAUCGAAUCCGAAUGAUGAUUUUCUCGUAAGGGUCACCAGGAGAUAUACUUAAGGUGAAUGCCCCUGAUUUGGACGGAUGAAGAUCAUUCUUGGGGAAAGGUUACGUGUACUUGUCCGGAUAGACAACGAGGCUGGAUGAAAAGUGUUGCUAAGCGAAAGGCAUGUCAACAAACAGAUGCGGUCUAUUUC